UAUUAAACAUAAAUAUUCCGUGAUAUAAACUUUUAUUUCUUACAUAGAUUCUUUUGCAAAACUAAACAAAAAUGACAUAUUGAAACUUUAGUUAAAGUUACUUGAAUCUACCGCGGCUAAAGUGACAUCUAUAAUGUGUAGUUAAAAAACUAAAGAAAUUUAAUUUGAAAUUAUUUCAUGUAAAAUUGGCACUCAUAAAAAAGUGGGAAUAUGAUUGGAUAAUUUUUUCACAAGAAUUACUAUUUUAGUGUAUAUAAAAUUUACCACCCUAUACACUUUAUGUUUUUAUUAAGGUAAUCAAUAAAUUUAUGUUUCUAUUAGCAACAGAUGACUGAAAAUGAUAUUGUCAAGAGCUAAACCAGCUUCUUCAGAGGGAGUGAAAAGAUCUGUAUCUGAAAAAAGGAUUCCUAAAUUAGAAGAAUUCUUGGAGAAGCGUGAUUACACUGGUGCCUUAACACUUCUAGAAUUCAACAACGCUUCAGAGAACAAUUUAAACUCUGAACUAUGGAUGGGCUAUUGUGCUUUCCAUCUGGGGGACUACAAACGUGCAGCAAUCAUUUACGAAAGUUUGAAGAAGAAGGAACAAGUACCGGCAGAUGUGUCCACAAAUUUAGCAUGUUGUUAUUUUUAUCUUGGAAUGUAUCCUGAAUCUCAACAAAUUUUGGAGGAUGCUCCAUACAGUAAAUUGAAGAACAGACUUUUAUUUCAUUUAGCUCAUAAAAUGGGCAAUGAAUCAAAGUUAAUGGAGUAUCUUCAUAUGCUUGAGGAUGUAAUAGAAGAUCAGUUGUGCUUGGCAUCUAUUCAUUACCUUAGAGCUCAUUAUCAGGAAGCAAUUGAUGUUUAUAAAAAGAUUCUACUGGAAAAUAGAGAGUAUUUCGCAUUAAACGUAUAUGUUGCAUUAUGCUAUUAUAAAUUGGACUACUAUGAUGCAGCUCAAGAAGUUCUUCAAGUUUAUUUACAAAAGUACUCUGACAGCGCAAUCGCGGUUAAUUUAAAAGCAUGCAAUCAUUUUCGUCUCUACAAUGGCACAGCUGCGCAAAAUGAAAUGAAGCAAUUAAUAGAAAAAAUGUCUAAUUCCUUUAGCUUCAGUCACGACUUAAUACGACAUAAUACAGUUGUAUUUAAAGGUGGUGAAGGUGCUUUGCAAAUUUUGCCUAGUUUAGUAGAUGUUAUACCAGAGGCUAGAUUGAAUUUAGUAAUUUAUUAUUUGAAACAAGAUGAUGUACAAGAAGCAUUUGAAUUAAUUAAAGAUCUUGAACCAGCUGUACCACAGGAAUACAUUCUAAAGGGGAUAGUUAAUGCGGUGAUGGGACAAGAAACCAAUUCUCGUGACAACAUAAAAACUGCACAACAGUAUUUUCAACUAGUGGGUUCCUCGGCAUCAGAAUGCGAUACAAUUCCUGGAAGACAAUGUAUGGCGUCUUGUUUCUUUCUGUAUCAUCAAUUCGGGGAGGUUUUAAUAUAUCUGAACUCCAUCAAGACCUACUUCUCUAAUGAGGAUAAUUUCAAUUUUAAUUAUGCUCAGGCACGGGCAGCAGCAGGUUACUUUAAAGAAGCUGAGGAAGCUUUUUUGAACAUUCGAAAUGAAAGAUAUAAAAAUGAUUAUAUCUACAUUAGCCUCUUAGCGCACUGCUAUAUAAUGAAUAAGAAACCACAGUUGGCCUGGGAUUUGUAUUUAAAGAUGGAUACCUCGACAGAAUCAUUCAAUUUAUUGCAAUUAAUUGCAAAUGACUGUUAUAAAGUUGGCGAAUUUUGGUAUGCAGCGAAAGCGUUUGAUCUGCUGGAACGUAUGGAUCCUAGUCCAGAAAACUGGGAAGGAAAACGUGGUGCUUGUUGUGGCACAUUCCAAUACAUUGUGGCUGAAAGACAACCAAAAGAGCUUUUAUCAGAAAUCAUUCAACUUCUCAAAAACACUUCAAAUUCACAAGUGGAACAAAUUAUUCGAGUAAUGCGUAAAUGGGGUAAAGAUAAUAGAAUUAAUUGCUAAUACUAAUUAAGAGGAUUAGUCUUAUCGUUACAUCAGUAAAAGCGGCCUUAUCAUAAAAUGAACAUCUAAAGAAUGUUAAUAUGUGUGAUAUAAUAUACAUAAACUAUGUAUUCGAGUUCUGAUAAAUAAAUUUUGGUUAAAAUUU